UUUUCCCAGCCUGUAGGAGUGGAGGAAACCUUUAGGAGCUGCAGGGCAGGCGGUACUUUUGGCCCGAGUCGCAGAUCGAUUCCUGUCCACUCUUUCCCUGCCACUUGCAGGAAAGGGUCCCCCAGCAAGGAUGUAGAGAAGAGCUUUUAAAGAAGUGGAGCACGGCGCUGCAGCCUCCCAUGCACCAGGGCUCUAAAAAUCACAAGAAAACAGCACCUGAAAUGAUCUUGAAGGAACGAUGACCUGUUAGUCCUGUACACCAAACAUGAGGCACCCAACAUGCAAGUGAUUGCAGAUGGAAAAAAGUUACACAUCAGAGAUGACAAUGCUGAUCACGGUCUCAUCCUCCAUCCAGCCCGCUCCCACCCGCCACCACCUCUCCCCACCUCCCACGCUCCCAAAGCCCCGCAAGGACAACCUGCGGCUCCAGCAGCUGCUGAAGAAGGCAGCCAAGAAGAACGCUGUGCUAGCUGCAGAGCAAGCCAAGUCCUUUCGGUCCAGCCUCUCCCCCGUGAACGAGGCCAGCUCUGACGUGGAGCGCAAUGAGAGCCUUCCCCCUGCAGAGACCCCUGAAGCUGCAGCUCCCACCUGUACCAGCCUCACAGGCCACCUCUCCGUCAGACCCGUCACCCAGCACCGCGUCCCCUCCCCGAUCCGGAGGGGCAAGCCUUUCGCCCUGAAGGUCACCGAGCAGAGGCGCAUUGCCGAGCACCUCAGGUUCACAACCCCACCAGCUGAGCCCCCUGCACACAGGCCACGUGCUCCCCAGACCCCGCAGCAGCCUGUAGGCCCGGAUGCCCACCUUCCUGCCCCAGACAACCCUUCGAUACUCAUUGUCCCCCAGCCUCCUCCAUCCAGCACACCCAGCAAAGAAAGGGCACCAGAGGUUACCUACGUCACCAAGGUGCACACUUAUUUCCGCAGCGUCAAGGCGCCCAGGGCCAAGACACCAACAAGCCAGACCCAAGCAACCACCGGCAGUGAAGAAAGGUCUUCUCCUCCAGCACCUGAACCAUCUCCAGGGCAGAUACCUGCCCCGCUUGAUGACAGCAAGGCCCCAGCUCCCACACCAGAGCAUCCCCUUCCUGCUGCUGCAGAGGCAAAGCCCCCUCACCAUGUUCCCAUGCCUGCCUCUCCUCAGGAGCCCACCAUGGCCCCCUUGCCUAAGCCCAGCAUCUCUGAUGCCCACUCCCAUAAAGUUACAGCCCAUGGAAGCAACACAGAAGUACCUGGAUCAGAGAGAGUUCCUGAAUUGCCCGAGGCAGAAGGUGAGAGCUUAAAACCACCAGCAUCCAGCACUCCGUGGAGGCCAGCACACCCAGAAACAGCAAGCGCUGCCCGAGCUGACAGCACGGGGGCCACAUUCACAGACACAAAGGCAGAACACACCAUGCACCCUCAGCCAGCCCCCAGCUUACCAAACACCAGCACUCUCCUCAAAGAAGAGCCAGCAGUAGCAUCAGGGGAAGCAGCAAGACCUGGGGCUGAUGGCUGGCAUCGCCUCAGGAAGCACUUGGUGGUGCAGCCAGAAACACCCAGCUUCCCCGAGUCUGAGCCAGAAAAGCUGAGGCAGGAGGAAGGGAACAAGAAAGACAGUUCUCAGGAAGUCAUCAGUCGAGACGUCAGACCAUUUAAAUCGAGGGCCAUGAGGAUGUGGGAUGCUAUUUUAUACCAGAUGACAGUCAACAAGGAGAGGAAGCAGCAAGCAGAAGAGAUGAAAGCACAGAAGGAGGCAAGUUUCUUCCUUCCCCACCGCCUGCCCAUCCUUCUACACAAGCCACGCUUCGAUGCCCGGAAACUGAGAGAGCUGGCUGCCAAACCCAUGACAAGGAUCAGCACCGUGUUCGAGGUGGGCCGGUACGGACCCCGAGCAGCCAAGGAGCACACCAGGAGCUUUAACCGAACGGCAUCGGGGUGGUCAGUCAACUGAAGGCGAGCUGCUCAACCAGAGCCAUCCUCCAGCGGUUCCUGUGGGGCACCAAGCACAAGAGCACCUACCACUAAAGAGAGCACCUACCGCUAGGUUUUCCGCCUGACAGAGCCUAGCGUCAGGAAAAAAAUAAAAUAAAAUAAAACCCCUCCAAGCCAGCAGCCUCA